UUGUUUACAUAUCAUUCAAAUCUUUCCCAAAGCGACAUGUCCACAGAACGCCAAUCAGCUGGUCUGAAAACGUGCUCGCCGGCAUUGCACAACGUGCGAUACAAGUACGUCAUGGUCAAAGCUAAGUCAUCGGCUCUCGAGUCCAACAAGUGUAUUUAAUUCAAUCAGAAUUCGUUGUUUUCAUUACAUAUCAAUUAAGUUGCUCUCAGGGCAGUGACGUCGUGAACCGUCAUUGGCUUAUCAGCCUCCCGCCACUCAGAUAAGAAUAUGCCCGAGCCAUUCGCACAUUGCAGACAGAGCAUUUGUUUUGGAUUACCACGUCGGAAAUCAGCAGACAAUUGCCAUCCAUUCCUCGCUGGGAUCAUUUUUCGUUACAAGUUGAAAUAAGGAGGAGCGACCACUUUCAGGGACCGAAACAAAAUGGAAUUCGACUCGCAGCCAGUGAACAGCAUCCGAAUGGGGGCAAUAGAUCUGCUCGCAGGGUCCUUGGGUGGUGCGGCAUGCGUGUACGUAUCGCAGCCCUUGGACACCGUCAAGGUUAAAAUGCAAUCGUUUCCCACCCUCUACAAAAACAUGGUGGGUUGUUUCGUCGAGACCUUCCGGAAAGAUGGAGUGUUCAGAGGUUUAUAUGCGGGAACAGUGCCAGCUGUCGCAGCCAAUGUUGCCGAGAAUUCAGUAUUAUUUGCAGCAUACGGUGGUUGCCAGAAGUUCGUAGCGUAUUUGUCUGGGAAGUCCUCACCAAAGAAUCUUACGGUCCUGGAAAACGCAUUCUCUGGUUUCCUGGCCGCCUUUUUCUCAACAUUCGCGCUCUGUCCGACAGAAUUGAUCAAGUGCAGAUUACAGGCUCUGAGAGAGACAGGUGCCGUUGAAAGUGUGAAAAAUCCAAAGAACGCGAUCACUCCCCUAAAGUUGACUAGACAAAUCCUUAAAUCGGAAGGCAUUCCAGGAUUGUUUCGUGGUUUGACCCCGACCUUUGUACGUGAAAUGCCAGGAUACUUCUUCUUCUUCGGGGGCUAUGAGGGAGCAAGGGAGUUAUUACGAAAACCCAAUCAAACCAAAGAUGAAAUCGGACCGUUAAAAACUAUGCUUGCCGGAGCUGUUGGUGGAGUAACGCUUUGGACAGUGAUAUUUCCAGCAGACGUGAUUAAAAGUCGAGUUCAGGUGAACGGAUUGAAAGUGCCCAUGAUUGCAAUGGGUAUGGACAUAGCGAGGAAAGAAGGCAUUCUUGCUCUGUAUAAUGGGCUGGUGCCAACAGUUUGCCGAACUAUUCCUGCGACGGCCACUCUUUUUGUUGUUUAUGAAUAUUCAAAGAAAUUUAUGGACGAUUUCUUCCCGUGAAAAUGAAUUUCAUUCUAGUACAAAUCUAAUAAAGUUGAUUUUAUUUAAAAUA